GCAGAGAUUUAAAUUUUCACCAUAAUUAUCGCUUUCCGUGCGAUAUUAAUCCACAGGUUCUAUGUAGAGGGUCGUUUUCUAUGUACUAUGGGGUAUACAGAACUCGCGACGGCCCCAAAUGCGGCUAAUUUUGACAUUCUCUCCAUGAAGUGCGACCAGAUAUAAAGCAUGAGGCCCAAAUCUACCCACAGCCCCAACAAGGCAGGGACUCGGGGCAGCAAAAACUCUCCUGCCAAGGGCAACAAUUCCCAGGGACGGAUUCUGCGUUCGCGUACGGUAAGCGGCGAGGUUAGCCCCAGCUCCUCUAACAAUGGCUCGCCGCGGUUACGAAGGACGUCCACGGCUUCAUCCGCAAGCGUGGACGAUCAGGGCAGCACGAGACAAUCAGGUGUGCGACAAACUGCUGCUAAUAGCAAGAACGCCAGCCCCAAACCCAGGACGAGUCCCAGAACGAGAAACGAGAGCGGGAAGGCCGGUCAGUCGCCGAAAUGCGCUCGGACUCGAGAGGAAGUGUCUCCCGUCCAGGCGUCCUCGCCCAAUCCCAAACGCGUCCGAAGAAACUUGAACGAAAGCUUCGACUCAGACUCUAAAGCAGAGAGCACAUCACAGGAAGCUAAGAAUGACAUUGGUGGGAAGGUAGAAAAUGGUAUGAAUGGUUCCUCAGGUGCUGUACAACCUUCGGACUCAAGUGAGCCGUCCGCAGGCACCUGCAGCAGCUGCGGAAAAACACCUGUAUGCGGAAACCACAUAGCCUGUAGUACAAAAAGUACCGAGGACGAAUCCACACAACCUUCCUUGUUGUCGGGUUCGGAACACACAAAACACUCCUGUAAAUGUAGAACACAGACUAGCACAGGCACCAGCCAAUGCAAACACAAGGACACAUCAUCAGGCAGCUCAGAACUGAACUCAUCUUUGAGAAACAGUCACCAGGGAGAAGUAGUAAAUCAGGACCAAGAGAAGCCUCAUGCUUCAGGAGGGGAGACUGAGUCUAAACAAGAGGAACAAGUGGAUGAUUCUUUCCCCACUGUUGACUAUAGGAAAUUGGAAAAUGAGGACUAUUCGCAACCAUUCUACUUUGAGUCAGACCAUGUAGCUUUAAAAGACAACAAAGAGUACCACCUCAUGCUGAAGACACUAGUCAUGUUGGAGGCACAGCGUUCCCAGGCAGUGCAGGAUAUCGACAGACUGGCUGUAAAAGAGGAGGAGGCCCUGAAAGAUCCUAUUGACUUUGUUGAGAAACUUCAGUGCAAUGCUGUUUCUCUGCCGAGGUCCCAGAGUAUCCUCGACCUGCCCUCCAUCCAGUGGGAGAACUAUGCAGGCUGGGUGGGGAAGGUGGACCCCAGUCUCUUCAUGCCAGCCAAGAGACACCUCACUCGCACCAAGAGGCAGCCUGAAGCGACCAUCACGUCAUCAGACAGUGCGUCUAACUGCGGGGAGGGCAGCUCCCAGCAGGGCCCCAGUCGAGGGGAGGAGGGACCACAGGUCGUGAGGGGGCGGCUCAGGGGGCCCUCCAAACCUGCCACCUUCAACCAGCUGUGGACCACAGAGGAACAGAGGAAGCUGGAGUACCUGCUGGAGGUGUUCCCACCUGAGGAGAUCGAGGCUCGCAGGUGGCAGAAGAUAGCAGAGGCUCUGGGGAAUAGAACAUCCAAACAGGUUGCCAGUCGUGUACAGAAAUAUUUCAUCAAGCUGGCCAAGGCAGGUCUCCCCAUCCCCGGCAGGAUGCCAGCCAACAAUCACACCUUCAGUAAAAAGUUACCCUUCAUGCAGAAGUAUCGUCGACACGACAUGUUUCGGCAGGGCCUGUGCCAACCUUCGACCUUCAUGACAUCACACCUGCCGCCCGUCUACAUGUCCGACAACGAUGAUGACAGCACCAGCCAAUCAACAAGCCAGUUUGACUGGGAACAGGAUAUGGAGGAUGUGUCUGAUGAUGAGACUGUACCUGUAGAGCUGAGACAAACGGAGGACUAUCGGGAACUCAUGAGGCUCAAACGGCUCAAGAUGCUCAAGGAACGGAGAAAGAAACAGGAAGAAUCCAUGGGAAUAACACAGCAUGUAGGAUACAGGUGUGAUCGGUGUGAGUGUGACCCCAUCAUGGGGGUGAGGUGGCACUGUCUGGACUGUCCCACUGACACAGGGGUGGACUUCUGCCAGGACUGUGUGGACUGUGACCAUGAGACAGAAGUUCACAAGUCGUACCACCGACUGGAGCCCAUCUCACACAUGUCUGAACACACGUACAUGGACAUGGACUAUACACGCUUCUCCGUCAAGACUGGAGACUACAACUACCUCGACCCCAACUACUUUCCCUCCACCUCCUGACCUGACACACCCCUAUUGAACUAUGUACAGUUCCACAAUCCCUGAUUUCAUUGGUGGUGAUAGCUGCACUUUGGGAUGUUACAUUUUAUGACAGGGGUGGCAGGAGUCUUUUCCUGCUGUCCAGAUUCACCCAUUUAAUUCCUGUAUAAAACUCUUCACAUUGUAGCCCUUUGUAUCACUGUAAUACCACAACAGGGUGGUGUUACAGUAAUACAAAUCUUGGUAGGUUCCCUGUCAAGUUAGGUUUCCAACUUGUCAUAUUGUCUAUGUUAGCAAAAACUAUCAACUAAGAUGCUAACAUGUCAGGGAAUCAAUUAACAGUUUCAUUGUGGUAUUUUGAAUGCUUUUUCUCUAUCCAGCAUCUAUAUUUGAAAUGAAUGUAUCUAGUCAACACAGAAACUUGAAUGUAUGUAGUGUGUAAGAUAGUGGUGCCAUUUCACAUCAUUUUUACGGAUAUUUCUUCAUUGUGUUUCUCCAAAGUGAAUGCAGUAGUGCAAUUAAUGUUUUGUUUAAGGUCCAACAAAGCUGUGUACCUGUAUUAGCUGUCUCCUUAUCACCUGUGUUGAGAAAUGAAGUACUAGUUGUCUAUUUGCAUCACUUUCCUUUGUAGAGCCUGAAUUUUUUUACAAAGUCUGUAAAAACGUAUUGAGUAUUACAAAAAUACAUGCCCGCAUGAUUACAAGAAGGAAUUUGGAAAAUGCAUUUCGUGUAUCUACAAGUCUAAUUUGAUUCAAAAUAUUAACUUAAAUGUUUCUGUUCGAUUCAUACAUAUUUGACAAGUGUGAGUUAAGUGUUGAGUUGCUAUGAUAUGUGUCACUUGUUUUUCUCUGUCAGUGGUAAAUCCAUUUCUUAUUGAUUAUACCAAAAGUACAAACUUAGAGAUUGAAGUAAUAGGCAUUAAGCCAGCUAUAUAUCCUCAGAUGUAUUUGAUAUGCUGUCGUUCAUUUCAUGAAGUUAACUUGUGAUGAUUCCUUUCCUGUUAGAAGGUGUUCUUAAUAACUGUUAUAUGCUAAUGUGAUGUCUAUCCAUAAGACUCUUCAUUGUUCCAACUAGGGGUGGGUACCGGUAUGAAAGUUUAGGUCCAGGUACGGUCCAGGUCCAGAGGAUCAGGUCCAGGUCCGGACCUGAACCUGGACCUGAUUGUCUGUGAAAACUUGUGAAAGGGCGAUACCCAAACAAUGGUCCAUUUUGCUUUUAAGGAUUCUGUUUGGUGACUUCCACUGACGUUUUAAAAGCAUAUCUUCAUGUAAACAACACUAACUUCGACCAAGUUUGACCGUAGAAACUUAGUAAAAAUGGCUAUCGACUCUCCUUUACUUCGCUCUUCUUCUUUCCUUGGGCCGGUAAGCCACAAAACACAUGAUGGCCUGUCGAUAUUCUAGCAAUCUGUUCAUUUUCUGAUCAGUCUAAGAUCCGGUCACUGAUUUUUUUUCAGCUCCGUUUUUUCUGGACCAGUCCAACAAGGACCCAUAACAAGUAGGUUUCCAUACCGGUACCCACCCCUAUAGAGCCAACUGUGUAUGCACAGCAAGAUGCAUUGUGGGUAACAAUGUCAAAGUUGAAGACCCCUGAGACAUAAAACACUUCUAGAUAUGUAUAAAGCAUGGUACAGGCAAGAACUAUUUACAUAUGUACAAGUUAUGGGACUUCACCUUUUGACAAAUUACUCUACAAUGCGUCUUGUGCAUGUGCAUUCGGAACUAUGAGCAUACUUAUUAGAAUUAUCUUUCUGUCACUCCUCUAGCCUGUAUCUUCUUUUUGAUGUAUUUUCAUAGGAAAAAACAACUUGGGAUAUUCUGUCAUUUAUCCCAUACAUUGUAUGGCUAUAUGUCCUUAAAUGAUGAUGUAUUCUUUAUGUAUGUAUUCACUAACUUUCCUAGGCCUUGAAUAGACAGUAUGCACAAAUAAAGUGAAAGAUAUAACAUUAGAUGGAGGAAAUUAUGAUCAUGAAUGUACUGAAACUCCUGGUUUUCCCAUGUGUCUUUUUUGCUUGUGGUUGUAUAAUUGACACAG